ACUUAAUCUGUGGCAAAAAAAUGCGAUUUUGCUAAAAUUACAGACUAGCAAUUGGAAUAUUCUUUAGGUUUAAAGGAUAAAUAUUAAAAUUAAAGCAUACCUUCAGGUUUUUAUUAUCUUAUCUUUACUAACAGACACGCAAUUACAUAAUUUUGCUUCCAAAACUAGGUAAUGUGAGUGAUAAGUAAUGCGUGUUCUACUGAGACCAUUAACUAUAUUUAGAAAAGCAGCGCAAUUGAAUAGAAGUGUUCAGUUAAGGCAUCCUUUUACAACUGCGUUGAUUUGGAGAGCAAUGGAAGAUAAAGACUCUUUAAAAAAACGACUCACACCUCUUCAAUACCAUGUCACACAAGAAGCAGGAACUGAAAGACCUUUUACAGGAUGUUACAAUAAGUUCUAUGAGGAAGGUGUUUAUGUAUGCAUAGUGUGCCGUCAAGAAUUAUUUACUUCUAAAACAAAAUAUGACUCUGGAUGUGGAUGGCCAGCUUUCAAUGAUGUUCUUGCCAAAGAAAGAGUAACAUUACAUCAGGAUACAAGUGCAGUUGGGGCAAAUAUAUUACUGGUUUUAACACGACCAGGUAUGGUGCGAACUGAGGUGAGAUGCUCCAAGUGCUCAGCCCAUCUAGGACAUGUAUUCAAUGAUGGGCCGGCGCCCACGAAGAAACGUUUCUGUAUAAAUUCAGCAUCAUUGGACUUUAUUGCAGCUGAGGAUCGGAAAGAUUAACAGAUAUUUCUAUUGAUCUCUAAUAAUAUCUAUGAGCAGUAACAGGUGUGAAUAAUUUAUCAAUCUGAAUAUAUUUUUAAAGAGUGCUUCAUUACAUAAUUUAUUUUGUAUUUUAGUUGCAUUUCAUAUUAUGUUCAACUGUAGGUAAUGAUUAUAAAACAAAUUUAACUACUUCUCAGCUGAAUCUAAGUUUAUUGGCUCUUUUUAAUAAGCUAUUAAAUAUAUUUGUUUAAUUUUAUAUACCAAUAUGCAGAUCCAUGUAAAUCUAACUUGUACAUCAAGUGUUAAAGAAAAUUUUUAAUCUAAUGGUGCUUCAAAUUAACAUUUUGGUAAAAUUUUUAAUUAUAAUUUUAGUACAGCUAUGUACUAUUUUUGUAGUAGCCAUGUAAUUAUUCGAUAAUUUUGAUAAUAACACAUAUAAAAUUAUUUGUAGAGUAUAUUAUUUAUCACUACUAAUAAAAGUAAACAUCUUUUUAUUCCGAGGUUCCCGAGAAAAAUUUCUUAACAUUUUAUAUAUCAGCUCUAGUAGAAAAAAUUCAUAUGCGUUUAUUUUGUAUGACAGUUGUAUUAUAUUUUAUUGGAGAAAUAUUUUACUGUGUCAUUGUACUAAUAAUUUACGUUAGUUACCAAACUGAAGUCAUAAUGUUGUAUAAAUUGUAUUUUUUUAUUUAUUCAGUAUCGUUGUAAAGAAACAAGAUGUCUAAAUUGAAAUCGGCAGCUGUGUCAUAUUAUUUUCAAAUAGGCAAUAUGUGACAUAUAUUUUAGUGUAAAGAAUGACAUACAAACUGCAAUUGAUUUGCAAUGAGUGAAAACAAUAUCAAAGUGAAUAUUUUAAGUACAAAUAUAAGUCAUAUUUAUCCUAUAGUUUUGUGGCUUCUUAUGAAAUAAAUAUUUUUAAUAUGA